CUCGACUUCUAGACCCGAUAGACCAAGGAAAUAGCUCACCAUAGAAGCAUUUGAUCGCGACUCCUGGGAAAUAAGCCUCGGGGAAGCUUGCAGAAAGAAUAGCACAUGUCAAAUAAGAAAGCAUCUCCACGCGCAACCUCCCCGGAGAGGCUCACAAGAACAGAGGCCGACAAUGAAGACUCGCUAGAUUACUACACGGUGGGCUGGAUAUGCGCACUAGAGGAAGAAUACGAAUGUGCAUGUAGAAUGCUAGACGAAGAGUUUGACGGCCCCGAUGCCCUCGAAGACGAGGAUGAGAACACCUACGCAUUCGGUAAAAUUGGAGGCCAUGGGGUAGUCGUGGGCUAUCUGCCACCCGGGCGGUAUGGUACGAACUCUGCCUCGCGCGCGACGAGAGAUAUGGUGAGGACAUUUCCACAGCUGCGAUUUGCGUUGAUGGUAGGCAUCGGAGGCGGGGCUCCGACUUCGGAGGCCGAUAUCCGUCUAGGCGAUGUGGUGGUCAGCACACCGCAGGGAGGGCUCGGAGGCGUCAUUCAGUAUGAUCACGGGAAAUGCCUGCCGGAUGGUCAGUUCAAACAGACCGCGCAGCUGAAUGCCCCGCCGGACAAGCUGCUGUCGGUCAUCGGGGCCCUGCGACGCCGAUACAACGAUCCGAGAAAGCCAGAUUUUGUUGCGGAACAUAUUAGGCUUAUGGACGACAUGUCAGAGUACCAGCGACCACAACAGGAUAAUUUGUACGCCGCAGAGUAUGAACACCAGGAGGGAAAGACCUGUGCGGAUUGUGAUCUCACCCAGACUGUACAGAGGCCACAGCGACUAAGUCAUCGUGUGAUAACUGUCCACCACGGAACAAUCGCAUCGGGGAAUUCAGUGAUCAAGGAUGCUGCCACACGGGCUUUGUAUGCCCUCGACCCCGAGCUGAAGGUUAUCUGCUUCGAGAUGGAAGCCGCCGGAUUGAUGAAUAAUCUGCCUUGCCUUGUUAUUCGUGGCGUCUGUGAUUAUUCGGAUUCACACAAGAACGAUGAUUGGCACAAGUAUGCUGCCUUGACCGCUGCAGCAUAUGCACGCGAGCUUCUUCUUGUCUUGAAAUCGCGUGGGGUUUAUUUGAUGCCGCCAUGGGCUGCCCGGAUUCAGGAUCAAGUGAUACAGGGUUAG